GUGCCUCACAGCGUGGCGUGCCCUCCGUGUGACCAGUCACCCGAGUCUGGGGGCAAAGGCUCCAUGGAGCUAGCAUCCUAACCAGGCGAUCAGCAAGCAGGAGAGACCCCACAGCCAACUUAUUUCUUCCUCUUAAGCCCUGCCCCAGGCCCCUGGGCCGGAGGGAUGGAGAACUCGUCCGCGGCGUCGGCCUCCUCUGAGGCUGGGAGCAGCCGCUCCCAGGAGAUCGAGGAGCUGGAGCGCUUCAUCGACAGCUACGUGCUCGAGUACCAGGUGCAGGGGCUGCUGACAGACAAGACGGAGGGUGACGGCGAGAGUGAGAAAACGCAGUCCCACAUCUCCCAGUGGACAGCGGACUGCAGCGAGCGGCUGGACGGCAGCUGCUCCUUCCCCCGAGGGCGAGCGCCGCCCCAGCAGAACGGCAGCAAAGAUAACUCCCUGGACAUGCUGGGGACAGACAUCUGGGCUGCCAACACCUUUGAUUCCUUCAGUGGUGCCACCUGGGAUCUGCAGCCCGAAAAGCUGGACUUCACCCAGUUCCACCGGAAGCUCCGACACACGCCCAAGCAGCACCUACCACACAUUGACCGUGAAGGGUGUGGAAAAGGAAAGCUGGAAGAUGGGGAAGGGAUCAACCUGAAUGACAUCGAGAAGGUCCUCCCGGCCUGGCAGGGCUACCACCCGAUGCCCCACGAAGUGGAGAUCGCGCACACGAAGAAGUUGUUCCGGAGGAGAAGGAAUGACCGAAGGCGGCAGCAGAGACCUCCAGGAGGGAACAAGCCCCAGCAGCACGGUGACCACCCGCCAGGCAGUGCCAAACACAGCAGGGACCACCAGAAAUCCUACCAGGGGGGCUCGGUGCCCCACCCCUCAGGGAGGCCCACCCAUCACGGCUACAGCCAGAACCGGCGCUGGCACCACAGCAACAUGAAGCACCUGCCCGGCGACAAGGGGGAGGCAGGCGCCCACCGCAAUGCCAAAGAGGCCGUGGCCAUGGAGAGCCCCAAACUUGAGGAUGCCCUGGGGGACACUGGGCACAGUGGCCUUGAGGCCCCCCGCAGCCCCGAUGGCCCAGCCCUGGCGGCUUCUGAGAGGCUGCCCAUGCAGCAGCCAGGAGCCCCAGAGGCUGAGGCAAAGCGUAAAGACAGUAUUAUCCCCGAGCGCAUAGGGGAGCGGCCCAAAAUUACCCUGCUCCAGUCUUCCAAAGACAGGCUGCGGCGGAGGCUGAAAGAAAAGGUACCGGAUGAAGUGGCAGUGGAGACCACCAACCCUCAGCAGAACAAGAUGGACAAGCUGAUUGAGAUCCUGAACAGCAUGCGCAACAACAGCAGUGACGUGGAUGCCAAGCUCACCACUUUCAUGGAGGAGGCCCAGAACUCAACCAAUUCCGAGGAGAUGCUGGGCGAGAUCGUCCGGACCAUCUACCAGAAGGCGGUGUCCGACCGCAGCUUCGCCUUUACCGCCGCCAAGCUCUGCGACAAGAUGGCGCUCUUCAUGGUGGAGGGGACCAAGUUCCGGAGCCUGCUCCUCAACAUGCUUCAGAAGGACUUCACGGUGCGGGAGGAGCUGCAGCAGCAGGACGUGGAGCGCUGGCUGGGCUUCAUCACCUUCCUGUGUGAGGUGUUCGGCACCAUGCGCAGCAGCACGGGCGAGCCCUUCCGCGUGCUCGUCUGCCCCAUCUACACCUGCCUCAGGGAGCUCUUGCAGUCUCAGGAUGUGAAGGAAGACGCCGUCCUGUGCUGCUCCAUGGAGCUGCAGAGCACAGGCCGGCUGCUGGAGGAGCAGCUGCCCGAGAUGAUGACCGAGCUCCUGGCCAGUGCCCGAGACAAGAUGCUGUGCCCGUCGGAGUCGAUGCUGACCCGGUCACUGCUCCUGGAGGUCAUCGAGCUCCACGCCAACAGCUGGAACCCUCUGACGCCCCCCAUCACGCAGUACUACAACAGAACCAUCCAGAAACUGACAGCCUGACAGCCAGGGGGCCUGGCGGGCGGCCCGCGGGCAGCUGGGGCCCUGGUGCACAGGGCCAGAUGGACAGGCGGGAGGACAGGGGUGGCCCUGGCGGGAGGAAGAAAUGGGGAGGAAGGCAGGCAGAGCCGGCGGCCAGUCUGGAGCCAGGUGGGGAAGGGAUCAGAUCCCUAGGAGCGUCCCCCCACCAAGCCCCCCAGCCCCAGCAUGCGGCAGCUUCACCAGUAAGGGAAGCAUGUUUCUUUUUCACGGGCGGCCCUCACCCGGCCCCUCCUCACUCCCGCUCCUCCUGCCCCCUCCCAUCCAAUGAGACCCCUGCAGGGCUUUGUGCAAGGGGCUUCAUCUCGGUGACUCCUCCUCUGAGGCCAGGCAGCGCGGCGCGCCAGGGUACUGCUUGGGUCAGAAAGGGCCUCAGGAGGCCGAAAAAGUGGGUCGGAGACGGGCUUGCAUUGUUCCCGCAUGCUGUCAGCUACAGUCGCCAACUGGCAGCAGGCGACGUGGAGCAGAUGUCCGGGAGGACAAAGGCAGACGUGGUCCCCACCAGCCGCCCGUAAUUGACGGCCUUUGUCCACAUGGUUGAGCUGGGGGGACAGAGGCAUUCGCUCUCCUCCAACCUUCACGCUCCACCACCCCCCAACUUCCAAGUCCUCCUCCCGGACCCCCAAGCCUCAGGCCCGUGGGGGGGCUGGGAGCAGGCGGGGGAGCUGGAGUCUGUAGUUCUACUUGCACCCUUUUGUUUUAUUGUGUUUUAUUUUUCAAAAGUCAGCUGCUUUGAAGUCUCCUGCCUAAAUGAAAGAGCCACGAUGUGAUCACACAGACAGCGCCGCGGACCCCCUGAUUAGUGGGAGAUCAAACCUGCCCCCCUCUGGAAGGAUUCUAGCCACAGACAGCUUGCCAGUAGCCAAUUAGGGUAAUUGGAAACUUCUGCCCCGGUGGGGGUCCCACUGGAACCUGCGCCCCUGGCUCCCAGCACCUCCCUUCUCUUAUUCUAGCUGCGCUCUCUCAAAGGGCUGAUACCAUCAUGCUGGGAGUGCAUUAAACCCCGUCCUGGCCCGGGGCCUCGUGAACCAGGCACAGAACAGGCUGGCAAACUAAAAUCCAAAACGCUAGGAGAUAUGUCCUGCUCCACACACAGGUCUUGUCCCAAGCUCUGAGUGGGGGAGAGUGGGGGCGUGGGGCUGCCUGGCUCCCCAGGACUUAGAGUUUGGGUAAAUGGGCUGUGUCGCUGCCCUAACCUCAUCACGGGCAGGAUCCAGGAGCCCAGCCCUCCCGCAGCCAAGCACCAUGUGCUCUGGAGGGGGCUCUGGGCCCUGCGGCCCCAGGGCUGUUGGGACAGGGAGCAUUCCCUGAGUCAGGUGACCAGGCAGGGAGGCCAGGCAGAGCCUUCCAAACUGGGAACAAGGCUGGGCUCCCUGGAGGAGUCACGUCCUGGGGAUGGCCCUUCUCUGUUGGAGGAAGACGGGGAUCGCUUGUCCCUGGCGUCUGCACAGCCUUGUCUCCAGGGUCUGGAGCUGACACUUUGAUGCGCCCCCAGAAAAUGACCUCAGCCCGGCAGCUUCCUUAUUUACUCCUUUACUGAGGCCAGUGCCUCCCUGGGUCACUGGAGGCGGCCUGGCGGCCCGCUCCCAUCAGGCUGGCCAGGAGGUGAGGGCGAGGGGGGUGGCCCCAAGUCAGGGGGAUCAGGCCAAGUAGGGUAGGGGGCAGCGUCCCCAGGGCACCCCGGCUUUCCCACCAGCCACAACCUGCCUGCCAGCCCCGGGAUGGGAGCCUGAGCCAGUCCCCCAGGAGAGCUCACUGGGGGCCCAGGUUUAUCUGGAACUGGGCGGUCCUCUGCCAAGAAGCCCCUGCCACCCAUGGCCCCAGCCUCUGCUGCCUCCUCCUCCUCCUUCCCACACUUUCUCAAGCUCCUCCUCACCACCUUCCCUCCUCAGCCUGCACCUCUAGCCCAACCUGGGGCCCAGGGACAGCAGAGGUCCCACCAGAGGCUGAUGUCAGGAGGCUCAGAGAGGACACUGGGGAAAUCACGGUCUUGGCGCGUCAGGGGGCCCUUGCCGGGCAAGCAGCCGCUCCCCAACAGUCCUCCGAGAGGCACACUUGGGCUGCAACUGGCCUUGCUUCCUUCAAGUGCGGAGGGGGCGCGUGCAUGUGCAUCUGCAGGGGACAAAACAGGGCCCCAGAGGAAGAGAAAGGCCUAGGAGUGGGGGUGCGAGUCGAGGAGGCAGGAGAGUGGGGUCUCCCACGUCUGCCCCGGCUCAGAGAGCAAGCCAGACACCUGAGCGCGUGCAGGGGCCGGUGUUCCCUGGAAAGCAGAGACCGGUGGCAUCGUGGGCCUCGUGCCCUUUCCUCCUGGUGGCCCUCCCUGGUGGUCUUGUCUCAGGGCCAACCCCGCCUUGACUGUUAGGGCCAGUGUGAAGAAGUGAGAUAUAAAUAUGUACACAUAUAUAAAUAUAUUUUUAAUUACGUGUCGUGUUGCCGUGGCCCCAGACAUAUGGUUUGCCUAGUUGGUUCCGUUGCUCGCAAGCCCUUCUGGCCGAUCCGAAAAACAAUUUAAGCUGUUUUUCUAAAUGCAGGUUGCUGCUGCUUUUUCAGACACGGAAGGAAAACAUUUAAAAAUGAUUUGUUGUUGUUGUUAUUGUUUAAGGAAGUAACAGUAAAGCCUAAAAUCUGAGACUCUGAGGCAGCUUCCCACGGGAGAUGACUCGACAGGAGCUGGGGGGGGUAGACGGGGGCACCCCACAGACCCCCCCAGACCAGCGCCGCCCUCUCCUGAGUGAGGAAGGCCAUACCCAAGUUGACCUCUGAAUGUAUUUGAUGGGGGGCACGACUGGACGUUGCAUUUCUAAGGCUUACAUUGUUUUCCCCACUGGCCCGUGGCUUUCCUGGCGCUGACGCGGCAAAGGCCAGCCAUCUGAUGCUGACCCUGUGCGGGACUCCUGUGCCCAUCAAGACGAGGUAGUCAUUGCUUUCCUCUCAGCAGCCAGCCUGCUCGCCACGGUCCUGCCCCCCUCGGCCUUGUGGCUUUGCCUAAGCUCCGGGACCGCAGCCCCAAGGAGGCUCCCGCCCGCCCCUGGACCAGGUGGGGAGCCCCCCAUCCUCCAUGAGGAGUGUGCACCUCCAGACCCAGUUUCGUCUGUCUGUCCGUCCUUAACCAGCCUGUAAACCUCUAAGGUUUGGGGAUCGUCCUGUCCACCCAUGUAAAUGUAAAUGUUGGCCGAAUUAGUAUUUAUUCUAAUUUGUAUUUUAUUUUAUUUUCUCUGGGGGUUGGGGAGGGGGUGUGCGGGAAGUGUACCGCUGACGACGCCAUGGGCAGCUGCAGGGGCGGGGGCCCAGACAGCCAGGCCGCCGCGAGGAGCAGCCCCGCGGGGCCGCCCCAGACGCCAAGCCCCAGUCUUAUCUGGCAUCAGAAACCAGCCAGCGUUCCUCAUGUGACAGGCUCCCGGGGCCUGCUCGGGGAGUCCUGUCUCUCAGCUGCAGGGCGCCCUGUCGGGAAACCUCUGGCUGGGCCUGCGAGGAUGCAGAUCCGAGAGAAGACAACUUUCCUCUCUCCUCUCCUGGGGACACUCGCCCAGAAGGGCUGCCGCCCUGCCUGAACCUGCUGAGAGCCUGGCGGUGGGGGCUACCUCCCUGGGGCAGGGGCCCGGGGCUUCCCGCCAAAGCUGCAGCGGAAUCCUGCUCACGCACCCACCUUCCCUCUCUCCGUAUGUCCUGCUUUUCAGCUGAACCCAAACUACAAGUGGGUUUAAAAAAUAAACACCACCAAAAAACAAAAAA